GUGUAAAUGGCCACAUCAUUGAAAUCUCCCUUUAAAAAGAUGACACAACUUCACUAACAAGCUAGAAGGUUCUUGUUCAAACUUCUAACCAAGGAAAUGGAUGUAGAGAAUGUCUUCCACAUGACUGGAGGAGUUGGCAAAACUAGCUAUGCAAAGAAUUCCUCAUUACAGAAGAAGGAAUCUGAUAAGGUGAAACACAUAAUCAUACAAACAGUUGAGGAGCUUUACCUUGCAACCACUCCCAAGAGCAUAGGCAUUGCUGAUUUGGGUUGCUCCUCUGGACCCAAUACUCUUUCAAUCAUCAAAGACAUCUUUCAAACCAUCCAAAACACAAGUCAAAAUAUCAUGCAUCACUCUGAAGAGCUUCGUGUAUACCUCAAUGAUCUUCCAACCAAUGACUUUAAUUCAAUUUUCAAGGCCUUGCCUGAGUUUCAGAGGUUGCUUAGGCAGGACAGGAAAGAUAAUGGGGUUCCUUCCAUUUUCAUGGGAGGUUACCCUGGUUCAUUUUAUGGAAGACUAUUCCCAAACAAUUACUUGCACUUUGUCCACUCCUCCUACAGUUUACACUGGCUUUCAAAGGUUCCUCCAGCACUUUAUGAUGAGGAGAAAAGGCCUUUGAACAAGGGAUGUGUUUACAUUUGUGAAUCAAGCCCUGAAGUGGUACCCCAAGCAUACUAUGAGCAAUUUCAGGAAGAUUUUUCCUUGUUCCUCCGGUCGAGGUCAGAGGAAUUAGUUGUGGGUGGAAGGAUGGUGCUGAUUUUUCUUGGAAGAAGAGGGCCAGAACAUGUUGACAGAGGCAACUCUUUCUUCUGGGAGAUUCUCACCCGGUCAUUUGCUAUUUUAGUCUCACAGGGAGAAAUAGAGCAGGAGAAGCUUGAUUCCUACGAUGUGCAUUUCUAUGCACCAUCAAGGGAAGAAAUAGAAGAAGAGGUGAGGAAAGAAAGGUCACUGAAGCAGGAGAGACUAGAGAUGUUUGAGAUGGACAAGAGUGAGCAAGGGACAGAGGUUGCAAAGGCUGUGAGGGCCAUCCAAGAAUCAAUGAUCUCCAACCACUUUGGAGAAAGGAUCUUAGACAGUUUGUUUGAGAACUAUGCUAGACUGGUGGAUGAAGAAAUGGCUAAGGAUAUAAAACCCGUUACUUUUGUGCUAGUUCUUAGUAAAAUUUGAAUGUAUAGAUUAAUAUAUGUAUCACCACAAAUUCCCAGAGGCUAUUUUAGUUCGCAGUAAGUGUUUAAAUUCCAAUCACUUAAUUGGUUAAGAAUCUGAAAACUGUAACAUGCUGUAUGAACAUCAAAUUAGUCAAAUGGAAUGGCAUUUCCUUGAAAUAUUUGAAGCAUAUACCAUUUCUUGAAUACAAGUUUUUCUGUUUUUCA